CUGUCAAUCAUUCAUGAGGGGCGUAUCCGAACAGGAGUUUGUGGCUGAAGCAGUCUACACUGUACCGAGAGGACAAAAAGCUGCUAACAGGACAAUGUCUGCAGUGCCUGAUGGGAAGAAACUCGUCCGGAGCCCCAGCGGUCUUCGCAUGGUGCCGGAAAACGGCGCCUUUAACAGCCCCUUCUCCCUGGAUGAACCUCAGUGGGUCCCGGAUAAAGAGUGCCCGAGAUGUAUGCAGUGUGACACCAAGUUCGACUUCAUCAGAAGAAAGCACCACUGCCGGCGCUGCGGCCGCUGUUUCUGUGAUAAGUGCUGCAGUAAGAAGGUCCCGCUGCCCCGCAUGUGUUUCGUGGAUCCGGUGCGCCAGUGUGCCGAGUGCAGCCUGGCCUCCCAGAAAGAGAUGGAGUUCUACGACAAGCAGCUCCGAGUGCUUCUGGGAGGUGGCACCUUCGUCGUCACUUUGGGAACGUCGGAGAAGUCUGAAACCAUGAUGUGUCGCCUCUCCAACAACCACAGGUAUAUGUUCCUGGACGGUGAGAGUCACUUCGAGGUGGAGUUGUCUCGGAUCUCCAGCAUGCAGAUUUUGACAGACGGGUCGAGUCCAGGAGAGAAUGACAUUCACACUUACACCAGUCUAAUGGACAGUCAGUAUAUCUCUGAAGGAGGGAUGUCGCGGGCCAGCGGCAUGCUGCUUCACUACAAGCCCAUGGGCUGCCAGGACGGCCAGCAGCUACGCAUGGAGGCAGCAGACGACAAGAAGGCGGCCUCCUUAUGGUUGGCUGCGAUGCACAAGGCGGCCAAACUGCUGUAUGAAGCUCGGGACCAGUGACGUGCACGUGGCCUGCAGCCCUGAACCCCCAGGCAGCACACACCCAAGUGUUUUUGUACCCGGUGUCACCGGGGUUUGGUAUCGUUUGGAUUUUUAUUAACGCCAGUUCAGAUUCUGCUCUUCCGUCUGAUUCCUCAUCGGCUCUUGAUACCAGUUCUUAUCAUGGUAAUUUCUAUAAAAAGAAAACUCUUUAUUACCUCUAUAACCAGUACAUCAUGUUUACCGCAAAUAGGCUGCUUGUUCUUCUCGUUUUCUCUUCAGAGUUGUUUAAUCCUCUUUGAUUUAAUACAUAAAUCAGGGCGAGCAGCAUUAAAUAUGGAACAAACGCAGGAAAAGAAGCUUCCCGAAACAAGCGAGGAUCUGUUUGUUUUGGGAGGCUUCUGCUUUUAUUUCCUGUUCUUAUUCCCAGAGUGGAAGAGCUGGACCUUGUUUUUGUCUUUGAUACUUACAGCGGGACCUUACCUUUUUAUAAAAUAUACAUACAUAAUAUAAUCAUUUUUUACAACUUUAGAGAUGCAGAUGUUUCAAAACUUUAUAUGCGGCAGUUAGAUGUUUUUUUUGUUGUGUCAUCUGGGAUUUAAUUUCCUGGAAGACGUAAUGAGACACUUUACAGAUCCCUGUAGGGAUGGUUCUAAUUUUAAUUAAAAUACAGCUGACACUGCUUCACAGAGGUCAGCUACACAGCGCCAAGUAGGGACUGAAUGUCUUUGCUCGAGGGACCUUCAGCAGGAUUUUGACUCAGAUCUUCCAGAUAAAGUUCUUGGGCAGAUUAAAGGACAGCGCCACCUUUAAAUCCCUUUAACACAGAUAGAAAAGCAGCUUUGUGUGAUGGGUUUUGCAUUUAUUGCAUUGCAGUUACUCCAUCGACAACAAAGAAGUUUGUUGCAGAUGUGAAAGGCCUUCUGGGAAAUGUAGGAUUCUCUAACUGAAAAAGAAGCCGGUUACGGAAACUUUCAUGACAGAAGAUUUCCUGAAACACAGAUUUAUCCACAAUUUAAAACAAAAUUGUUGGAUUUUUCCUUUAAGAGACAGUCACGUUUCAGGUGACAGGUUUCUGUUUCUUCUCUGAAAUUAUUAUGUUUAAAACUCUGCUGCAACUAUCUCCAGAUUUCAAUCUUUAGACCUCGACGUCUAAGGAAGCUACGGACUAUUCACUGACUUAGUGAAGCAUAACCACACAGACAUUAAUAAAUGCUUUAAAUGUAUUUGUAGUAUUGAAGUUUUGUAUGAGCUAUUUUGUGAAAUAUUCCUACUUUAACAUGAGGUGUGUGCGUACUUCCAUCAUUAUAAAGCUGAAGUAUGACUAGAGGUUUUGUAACACUUGUUAUCUGUAAUUCUUUUUGCUCUUGGUCUGAACAGUCUGGACAACGAGGCUGAAAAAUGACCACCUUAGGUCAACCAAAUGCUGUCCAGUCCUGGCUGAGUUGGUGGGUUUGUCACUUUGGUAGUUUGUUGUGCUUUUGAGGACCUAUUAUUAUUUUUAUUAUUAUUAUAAUAAAGAGAAACUUGAAAGUGUUGAGGGAAUUUAAAGCGUAACUCUCGCCAAAAUGCAACCUAGGGCCUUUUUGUGAAUGUACCAGAGUCAAAUGUUUGUUUAAAAGCAUUUUUAGGACAGAAGCACCACUUUUAAGAUUUACCGUAUUCUCGUUUUUUGGUUGAAUGGCCUUUUGAAUGGGAGAGCUAGGGGAACUACCAUAAUCACAUCAACAUCUGUAUUUUUACAACACUAAGAAGGAUGGCGGAGCCAGCACAUCAACAGCUACAGUGAGUUGUUAAAACCUUUUCUUUUUAGUAAACUCUGUGAACACAAUGUUCUCAAUGCUGUAGAGCCCCUGGUGAUACUUAGAGCUAAGUCUCAUGAGUCUCAAAGUAUGUUGUGCCUUCUUAGUGUUGUAAAAAUAGAGAUUUUGAUGUCAUCAUUCAAAAGGCCAUUAGACCAAAAAACGAGAAUACGGUAAAUGUUAAAAGGGGUGCUUCUGUCCUAAAUAUGCUUUUAAACUAAGGUUUGACUCGGGUGCAUUCCCAAAAAGACCCUAGGUUGCAUUUUGGCGAGAGUUACGCUUUAAGCCAGCGCAAGAAAAAACAAUCUUUUGACACAAUACUCUUAACUCAGCAGCCUUGUUCUAGCUUUUUUUUUUUUUGGCUGAGGAUAGUGUAGCCAGACCUCUCUCCACAGCGCUGUGCCAGCCCUGUAGUGUGGUCUGGCUACACCACCUGUUGGUUCUGGGAUAGAGGAAACCGCUCUGGCUUGUUUGUAUUUCUUUAAACCAACCACAAACAUCCUAGACCCUAGUCUCGCAUUGCCAGAUCCUCCUCCACAGCCCUGUAGAGGAGGGUCUGGCUAGUCCACACGGCAAAAUGUGCUAAUUUUUAUUGGUAUUUCUUUAAACUAAUCACAAUUGUCUUGGGUGGCGCUAAGCGCCGGACAGAGCCACGGUGCCUCUGCUAAAUAGCCUCGGGAAGGAACUAGCUAGCUGUCUGGAUUUAGCCUGCACAGAUCUGAGGGGCAGUUAACCAUAGUCCUCAUGAAUCCACCAGAGUUUAGAAUAUCAAAAGAAAGCGUAAAGUAACGGCCAUCAAGCUGAAAAGGGUGAAAUGCGGCUGAAUUUCCUGCGGCAACAGAGCAAUCCUGGAAGUGGAACGUCGGAGACAUAAAGAGCUAACAGUGCCCUUUCAAAAUAGACAGCGGAAGUGAGGGGACAUCACAUGCCCGAUGUCUGGCUUCAUUCCAGCAGCUGUCCAGCUGUUGAGUCAGAAUAGGUGGACUAAGACCGUGAGAUGUGAAUGAAAGCUCCAGAAAAAGCUAAGAAGUAACCUUGAUAGGACUCUUUUGUCAAAACAACCCUGCGUGACCUUUAAUCACACACAUUAUAAAUGCAGUUACACUAUGUGCUAUAUAAAACUAGGAUUACCAAGUAGCAUCAGCUAAAUGAUCAUUUGCAUCUGUGUCUUUACUUUUUUUCUCCAAGCUUGAAGAAACUAGUGGUUUAAUGGAGCACACAACUGGGUUUGUUGGCUUUUUUACCUUUCUAGUGUCACUGACACCCAGU